GCCUGAUGCGCGUCAGCCGUGUCCGUUUCCCUUUGCACUUCGAUGCAUCCCUCGCUGGCUAUAUCAAAUGUGGCUAAACUCCCUCUUUUACUCAAGGCCCACGCACGAGCUGUGCUGACCGCCCUGCGCACACGGGAAACCCCAGAUGCGGUUCGCAGCAGAUUAAACGUUCUCCUCUUCGACAUCUCCGCUGCAGACAAGUCGCUGAAUCCGAUGACACCGCUUAUCAACCAACGCCUUGUGCCCGUGUUCUUCGCCGUGCUCGAUCCCGUCGGCAUCCCCACGAUCCUCACAUGGCUCGAGACAGCGGAUGAGCAGCGCAGAGGGAUAGUGCAUGUCAAGGAGCGAUUGGGCGAGGCCGCCGCGUCGCUACGCGCGCUCGGGGACUUGUGCCAAUCGGGGCUGGAUGCCGGCGCUCGCGGUGAUGUGUGGACGCGUGCAUGGGAAUGGAUCUCCUUCUUCGACACGUACCGCGACAUUCUGCCGAAGACCUGGGUCCAAGUGGGGCCCAUGUCUGCAAAAUUCACCGCGGUAUGGCUGUUCGAUGCGUUCACAGGGAUCGCGACGGGUGUGGGCUCGAAGGAUGCUCGCGACCCAAUGAAUCUCGACAAGAUGCCGGGGUACCGUGUGUUUCUGGCUCGCACGUGGGCUCACUACGCCCGUCAGACAGGGCCUGACACGGAUGAAGCCUAUGGUCAGUUUACGAAGCUGCUUGCACGGACGCUGGGGAGGUGGGAUAGCACGACAUUCGCUGAGCUCGGUGGGGGAGACAACAUCGCGAUCCUCACAUGCAAGCACAUCCAGCGGCUGUUCCCGCGUCCCGACACUCCUCCCACCGAGGCCAAGAUAGACGUGCUCCUGCAUAUAUUGCCAGUGCUCAUGGCUAUCUUACGCCCCCCGCCAAACGCCCCCAUGCCGUAUGGACAGGACCGCAAACUUCGCGCAGCAUUGCUGGCGAAUGGAAUCACCGCACCGCUGACAGUCCUUGUGCAGGCCAUCCAGUUCAAUCCGAACGACAGCCAGCUUCCGCCUGAGGGCUCGCUAUUCACCACGCUGCUUCCGCAAGUCAGCGGAUGCUUGAUAGAUUUCCCCGCUCAUUCGCGCUUGUGCGAAUCACUUCGUGCUGGACUGCUUAACCUCUUUGCGAUCUGUGUCAACCCAAGGAACACACUGAACCCGCGAGCAGGGCGCAGAUUCGUGGAGACGAUACUCAAGGAGCAGCUGCUCCCCGGCACUGUGUAUCAUUCCGUGAUGGAGCAGCUUGUGAUCGCAUUACCUCCGCUGCGCAAGCGUAUCUCUAAAGCGAUCGAAUUCGGAUAUCCCGAUCUUCUGCAAGAAUGGAAUUCCUUUCUUCAGAUUUUUGAUAACCAUGCGUGUGUCAUGCAGACCCCAAAGGCGGCGGAAGAGUCCUUUAGGGCUUGUGACUAUCUCCCUUGCGGACAGCUUCGGUCGAAAUACGAAGUGAAGCGAUGUUCGGGAUGUGAGGUGGUUUGGUACUGUUCGGAAAUCUGUCAAGCAAAGGAUUGGACAGGGGGCGGCCACUCGAGUCUGUGCUCUGCACUCAAUGCACAGCGGAACAAAUCACCACUCAGCAGGAAGGAUCGCUCGUUCCUGCGCGACAUUGUAAUCCGAUACUACCUAGACAGCCGCGUCGAUAUCCUGCGAUCUACAGUCUCUUACUUGCAAGAUUCCCCGCGGAGUGUGUUUCCCAUCACCAAGUUUACCUUCAUCCACGGAAUGUGCGGCUGGCAAGUCGUACCGGCGACAAAGAUGAAACCGAACGAGAUGCAAGCGAUUCUGACUGAGCGCAGCAGAAACAGUCUUGGGACAAUGCACAUCCACGUCGUUAUUGUGCGCUCUGGCGAUCAAGAAAUCGAGGAGUGGAUCCCGUUUCGCAUGUCUGACGCGCGGCUCACGGAGGGCUUGGGGGAGGUGGCGCUGAGCUCUGGACUAACGCAGGGUGGUUCGGAGGACGUUGAUUAUGUCACACGCCAAGGACUGGCGCUGUUGGUGGGAAGGUUGAAAGGGAAGAUGGCAGAGACGCAUCAGCUCUGGGUUUAAUGUGAAUGUGAUUUUGUUGCCAGCCGUACUCUUGUGGCAUAUUGUUGUUGUUUUUUGUAGCAGAAGAUGGAUGUGUUAUCCGAACUUGCAGAAGAAGAGUUAUUCUGGGUAGAGCCAAAGACAAUAAGACUAGGGGAGAGGCAAGGACAACAAAAUGAUCGAAAAUGAGCGACGCAGGGGUCGAACCUGCAAUCUCCUGAUCACAAGAUCAAGUCGUAGUCAGACGCGAU